GGCAGACAGACCGGCCCGACGGCUUAGUCGAGGACGGGUCUCGCCAGCCCGCGCAGCCCCCAGGCCAUGCCCCGCCAUUCGCCACCCCCGCUCUGGCUGCCCCCAAUGUGCAUGCCGCGUUGACCACCCCGUCAACUUAUUCUUUAGGGCAUGGUGACACUGACCUGUACUUUUCAUCGCAGAAGGAUGCACCGGCGCGAAUAAUGCACGGAAGCAGUUCAGAGCUACUGCUUGAUCGGGCCCGCAAAGCCCCCGAGGCGCUGCCGCCGCCCCCGGGGGCGGGUCACGUCUGCCUGAAGCGGCUCAAGUUUUACGUGACCUCGGCCCUGGCCAUGACUGUGAGCGGCGGAUUCGCGGCGCUCUUGUUUCUGGUGCCGCUGUACGUCGACCCCGCCGUCUCCACACUCAUGUCAGACUUCGACCCUGAGCCAGUCACCUGCGAGACCUCGCAGGUCGAGUACCUGGCUGGCAUCGGCAACUGCUCGUGGAGCUCGUGUCGCGAGGGCUGCACGUCGGACCUCUACAGGUGCACCCACGUCUCCGUCUUCUACACCCCGAACCAAAAUCACAGUGACCAACUUAGGGUGGAAGCCACCCUGCUGGUGAACAUCAAAGGCUGUGGCUACCCGCCCGAAGUGCAGUGCUCACGGUUCUGGGAUCUAUACGCCAGGGAAGGUGCCAAGUUUGAUUGCCACUACUCGCGCAGGAACGCGUCACUAGUGAUGCCCAGUUACAACCGCGAGGAGCACGUGGACACUAUCCUCCAUUACUUCCUAGUGCCGUUCGCAGUGACCACGGUGGCCUCGAUCGGCCUGUGUGUGCUCCACUGCGACUGCCGUUGCUCUAGAAAAAGCACCGCACCUAAUAAGAGGCCUCGCAAUAAGCUUGUUUCAAAUCCAAGUGACAUAACGAUAUCGCGGGUGGAGACGAUCACUCCUCGGGGUGACGACGACGAAGAGCUGACAAUAUCGAGUUCGAUCAGGCCGCUCUGACAAAGGGACGACACCAUGGACAGUCACCUGGCUCGCUCAACGUGCAGCAGCGAACUCUGAGCUGCCUUUGUCACAUGGUGUUUGACAGUUGCUGUGAGUUGAACUCGUUCUUAGGUGCUAUUUCGAGAAAUUUUGAAAGAGAUGAAGCGGCGCUCGGAUGCCGAAAUUUGCCUUAUUCCUUGAAAAGCGUGCGAGAUUUUUAAAAAAGUAAAGCCGUGAACGAUUUGUGAGCAACAUCGCUGAUUGUAAAAUACAUACACACAUAUAUAUACAAACGGUAAGUCUUGAGUAAAAACUGAAAAUUAUUCUAUGAGCAUGUUAGCGUAGAGUAAUUCAGAGUAGAGUGCUUCCGGCGUAGGCUUAGACAUUUUUUCUAUAGCAUUCACUGAUCAUUGCAAUGCUUUCUGUAUACACGUUGUUCUUCAGUAGACUCGUGAAAAUAUAUUUAGAUAGAGAAUAUUAUCAUUAUAAAUAGGUUGCAUAAAACGCUUGAGGACAAUAUAAAAUUUAAUUAGGCGCAUUGAUAAAUACUUUGCACUCUCUUUAAUAAACAUCUCUGAUUUGUACUGCUUUUAGUUUUUUAAUGUUGCUUCAGUAAAAACGCAUUCGCAUUUGUGCGAAUGGUAAUUAAUGCACUAUUUCAAAACAAUUUGGGUUGUAUCGCCUUAGAGAUUUGAGUCUUUCUUGAAAAACUUUUCACUAAGUGCAAUAACGGAAUGGAAAACACACAUACAAGCAAAAAUCAGCCGCGAUUUGUGUGAUUGCUGUGUUUGACAAACGCGAGAAUUGUUGCUAGGAUGUAAUAAACUGAAAUGCUCACUCGCUGUUGAAAAUAUGAUAAUGCGUUAGACAGGUAAUUAUUAGAACUGUUUAUCAUAUGAAUGGUAACUCAAUGUAAUCGUCUAUGACGCUGUUUGUAUAAUGAACUGGAAUAUUUACACACCCACCAUAAAUGAAUGGAAAAACAAAACUGCAGCCACUCGCAUUUGCAUAACAAUUAUAUCAUCACCAUUUCCAUUGAAAACACCUUUUGGCCAACUGCCCUACUAAAUCGGAAAAGUAUGCAAAUGCUGAAAGGGCUGGGGUGUGCCGUGAAAUACACGAACGGCGCAUUUUGUCCAUGGACGUGGGUCGCGGUCAUUAUUCGCUCGCGAAUAUUUUUACGCGCCGCUUUUCCAUCGACCAUGGGAGGAAUAAAAUUCGUCGUUUUAGCUUUCGUGUGUGUAUCAUCAUGUCCAACUCGCAAGGGACAAUGAGAAACAACAAGCUGGACAAUAUUUAGAUCACAAAGCAUAGUUAACUGGCCACAGUCAACUCGAAUAUUCUGCAUGUUGAAUAGUUUAAUUUUUAUUUUCGUGCUCGUGCUGUGUUUUAUCUGCAGCUUGUGCUGCGCUAACAGACUAAUUUAUGACCUUUUGGUAACGGAGUCUCUUAUUCUGAUUCGAUUUCAUGUUCUUGUCUGAUUUUUCACUGCUUUAUCUGCCUAUAAAGGAGACUGUUGAAUACCUCUUUUCGUUCGACAAAAUCGAAAUGAUUAUCUUUUUGCUAAGAAGAGAUAUUUCAAAAGUUUAAUAUUUGUUUUAAAAUUUUUAAUUGGACUGUAAUAUUUCAGUCAUGAACAAUCAACUAAACAUGAAUUAGAAACAAUUUGAUCUCGUUAUUAGUUUUUUAAAUUAUUUGUAAUUAAUGGUGGCAAUAAAAAAUAUUGCAGUCAUUAAACUAAAUAAAAACAGUUUUCUACAAUUCUUGCUCAAUUUAGUAUAUAUUUUCUGCGAUGAAUUCAUUUAAAUUUUGCUUUCCAGUAAUUUAGAAUAAAUAAAUAUUUCACUUCUGGAUUUUUAAAACUAUAAAUAUUCACCUCCUGGAAAAUUUGAAGCGGAGUUUCCAUUAUAGAAGCAGCAUUGUUCGGCAAAACCCUUUUACCCUCAACACCGACACCCAACAAAUCUUGCGGAUUCAGCAGCAGAGAGUGUGGUGUCUGGAAAUUGGUGCGGCUCGGCCUCGAGUCGCAUUGGUUUCGCGACAAUUUCGAGGUUGCUGUGGCCAGCUGGGGGCGGAACGUGGGCAAGGGCAUACACUCGGACAUAGCUUCAAACAAACAAAACUCACACGCGUUGCAUGUGUAUGUAUGUAUUCAUGUGCCUGAGUGAGAGGGCGAACCGCCGUGGGUCUGUCGGAUGCAUUAAUUAUGCAGCCGUCGAGUUAGCGGUGGGCAAGCCAUGUACUUUUGUCGAGCACAAGCAGCAUCCGUGCCCCGUUGCCUUGGCCGCCUUUGGUGGUCGUUGCUGAGCCAUCUCGCCUGCUAAAUUGCAUUUUCGCGCACGCCGCAAACUCAGUUUCAAUCUCUCUCCCUCACUCGCCACCUUCCCAAUGCAGUUAACCCGAAUUAACGCUGUGAUCCGGCACGCUCGGCUAAUUGUUCAACGACAGCGUUAAUCGCGGAAUAAUGCAUGUCAAUCUGAUUUCAGUUUUACAGGGUAUUUUAGAAGAUGACAAUGCAUUUUUUAAAUUAGCUAUUGUAAAAAAAACCUCCAUGGAAAAUAAAUUCCACAUUAAAAAUUUCCUGGAGAUAAAGUUUUUUUAAUUCAAGCUAGUUUAGAAAUAACAUCGUUUAAAACAGAAGUGAGAUUUAAUUAACAGAGAGCAUAAUGAAUGAUAUCUAAUGACUCGAAAUAUUAUCGUCAAUUUAAAACUCAGUGAAGUUAUCAGUACACUGGCACUUCCUCAGCUAUAUUUCUUUUAAAUAUUAAUCUAACAGUAAGUGUUUCAUUUUUUUCAAAAGUUUUUGCCAGGUAGACCACGCAAAGUGAAUAUGAAUAAAUGAAUUUGAAACUUGUAAAUCGAGAGAUUGGCUAAUGAUGCACACAAAUUCUUUCUGCUCUUGUUUCAACUUCGUUUUCAUUUUUUAUUCACGCAGCAAUCACUUUAAACAGUCCCCUGUGUAAUUGAAAAAAUUUUAAAACUGUUGUUAGUGGUUUGAUAUGCGAAGAGGGAAUUAUAUGCCGAUAUGAUAAGUCGAAAUAUAACGUCAAAUUGUGCCAUACGCGAGGAAUUUGUGAAUCAAUUUGCAGUUUACAUAAUACGCAAUUUAUUAGAUUUUGUAUCGUAUGAUAUCUAUUGUAACAAGCUCAGUCAUCAGUCGCACGCAAACCAAAAGUGCUCGGAGAAGCCGUAAUAUUAAAUAUCUGUCGUCGCCUUCAAGCCAAAAUCAAGAGUUUUAAUUGAGCUUGAACGAAACCAAAACGAGGUAAAACAUCACUUCUUGAGAGUAUUGAACACACGUAAUAUUUUUGUACUUUUGGAUGAGUCAAUGGCGAACAGAGAAGCAGCUCUUCUCGCCACCUCAGCUGCUACAUACUAUUGUAAAUCUCACGAAUAUUAAUCAACUUGCAUAAGUUGGGUGAAUUUGGAUUGUGACAAAUAGAGUAUAUUUGCUUUAAAUAAAAAAACAUACACACACACGAUUUUCGACAGGAUCGAAGAAUCUUUGCGAAGUGCGAUUUUUGUUGGAAUAAGAUUGUGAUACUUGACAACGUUUUUUUCGCCUGCACGCAGACUUAACGAGGCCGAUCAUGCUGGUCGUGAUUGAGCAGAGUCUGAAUUUUAACAAUUGACCAGAGAAUAGGUUGCGAGUUUUAAAAAGCCCUGUUAAACUGUUGUUACACCACACCAGUUUCGUUCUCUCAGAGGAAAGUGAGAAAUAUUAUGUAGAACAUUUGGAGAGAAGUGUUUUGAUAUAAUUAUCUGUAAGAGCGUUUGUUGGUUACAAAAAAAUAUUUGAAUUAAAAACUGUAAUUUCUGAGGUUGAUUACGCAUGAUAAAUAAUUAUACUAAGCAACCAAGAUUAAUUGCUGAUUCUAUCAAAUAAAGCGCAGCUGGAAAAGCUGUUUAAUAACAAAACAGCUGAACAAGCUUGUUAUUAUUUU